CACCCACCAUGGAAAGCCGUGGCUUGACCCUCCGCAGCAAGUCGCGCCGCCCCCGUCCCCAGAUCAGUGCCCCCAAGCCCAUCUCCGGCCCUCUCCCGGCCAACAACAGCAACUCCAAGCUCGCCGCCCCGCAAAGCACCGCGACCCCUAGCUCGGGGUCGCAGGACCGGGGUCCCUCGAAGGAUGCGACCUCCGAUCUGGUCAAACGCAGAUACUCCACGCGUUUCAACCAGAUCCCCGACUUCGAUCCCAGUGCCCCGCCCGUGCCCGGCCUCCCUCAGCUACCCGCCACGUAUGGCGGCCUCAGUCCCCCCGAGACCAGUCGGAGACCCUCCACCGAAUCAACCGGUCCCCCGAAGGUGGAUUUGAACGCCCUCCGAGAUCCCAGUCUCCCCGUCGAUAAGUACGUCGCCAACCUACUCGCCAAUGCCUCCGAACAAGAGAUCGAAGAGUACCAGAGGAGCCUCCGGAAGGUAAAGAACCGCACGUCGACCGAUCUACAGCAGAAUGUCUACCAGAACCGCACCCAGUUCAUCAAGAUCAGUAAAGAGGCGGAAAAGCUCAAGGGGGAAAUGCGCACUCUCCGCUCCCUGAUGGCGGAGCUCACCACCGCGCUCGGUCAGACCACGACCGGGAACACCCCCAACCCUAUGUCUCCGGCCAUCGAUGAGCGCCUGCCCAAACGCCAUGGCAACCGCAGCUCUGUCGCCAACCUGGAGAGUAUGUGGAACGUUCAGCUCCAGACCCUCUGGAAGACGGUGGAAGGGUCUCAGAAAUUCCUGCCGGUGGCCUCCGGCCGACAUAUUGUGAUGGAGACGGGCCAUUGGGUAGAGUUGGACUCGGCGACCUGGAAGCCCCGGCGACCGGUCCACCUCGUGCUGCUGAACGACCAUCUCCUGGUGGCCGCCAAGAAGCGCAAGCGGGUGGACCAGAGCAACCAUCGCGGCCCGGUCCCCACCAAGCUGGUCGCGGAACAGUGCUGGCCGUUGCAAGACGUGGACAUAAUCGAUCUCGGGGCCAACCUCAGCCCCGGGGCCGCCCAGGAGGAAGCCGAAGAUCGCGGGAUCUCGAAUGCCAUCAACGUUCGCGUGGGCGGGAAGCCCUUCACCUAUCGCCACGACAAGCGGGACAGCUCCGCCAAAGGCGAUCUCCUUGCGACGUUCCGCAAGACUGUCGAGGACCUCCGCCGAAACAUGCGGUCGGAAACCGAAGCAGCCGGCAAGUCGACCGAGUCCUUCGGCUACCUGGGCCUCCGGCACGCCUCGUAUUCCCCCAAGCCGGACCACUACGACGGCGGCGAUGAUUCCCGCGAUAAGCCAGAGGUGCGGAUCGACGUGGACGGAAAGCAGCAGAACCUCCGCUGGGUGGACGGGCAGGUGGACGAUCUGGACAUUGACAUCGCCCUGCAACGAUUCGAGGAAGCCGUCUCCAACAUCGAGCGGCUCCGCAAGCUCGCCAAGGGCCUGAAAGGCAACGCGGUCGCGCAGGACGUGAUCAACGCGAAAGUCGACGAGCGCGCGGCCAAACUGGCCGAGGGUCUCCUGCGCAUCCUCGUCGACACACACUCAUUCCCCGUGGCCACCAAAACCAGGGUCUCGUGGCUCACGCGGCUGGGCUUUGAAGACCAAGCCCGGGAGGCCUAUCUCAAGGCCCGGACGGACGUGAUCUCAAAACGCAUCCGCGCCUGCGUCUUUGAAGGCGACCUCCCUCUCUACAUCUUCCAAAUCUCCUUCGUCUACUUCACCCUGAUCAAAAACACCAUCAGCAUCUACCAGCAAUGCUUCCCGCCCGUCAUGUCCAGCGCCAGCAUCCGCUGGGCCAAGCACCACCUCGACGGCUUCAACGCCCUCCUCACCCGCCAACUCAGCAGCGUGCAGCGCGGCACCACCGUCUGGCAGAAAUGCAUCGACAUCGUGCACCAGCACGCCAACCUGCUGAUGGAGGUCGGCGUGGACUUCACCGACCUCGUCGCCAAGGACCUGGAGACCGGCGAGGAGUUCACCGAGCGUCCGCAAAUGACGCGAUCCGAGUCCUUGAUCUCCGGGUUGGCGGAUGCCGCUGCCGCCGCGGCCAUCAUCUAGGAUGUAUAUCUGUCUAUCCUACAUGGUUUAAUAUUAGUACUACUGUCAAUUCUUCCUCCGUUCAUGCAUGCAUUGCCUUCGUGCUGUGCUGUUGUUCCCUUUAGCCUCAGGAGGCUACUACUAUGUUCUGUUGACUGUUUUCAUUCUUCGUUCUUCAUUCUCCAUUCGUUCAUUCGUUCAUUCAUUCAUGCAUGUGUGCGUGUGUGUGCGCACCGAUAUACCUCGGUGGGUAUUUUGAUUCCACAUCCAGCU